UUCACAUGUCUUCACUCUUUAUGUCAUAUCCGUACGCGGAGCCACGGAUUCCCUUUCGCCUUUUACCGCUCUACAUAUGUUGUCCACGUUGCCUGGACGUUGCGAAUUUGCGAUCGAAGCGGUCAUUGAUCGAUUACCGAAAUUGACGUAUAAUUUGUCCAAGAUUGAGUGUUCUGAUUAUUAGUCAAUUAUAAGGACUGUAUGUAUUUUUCCCUUCUGAAGUCUGAAUUUGUGUGUGAUGGACGACGAAAUAAUAGAUGUGAUCACCGAAUGUAGUUUCGAUUAUUUGGAAUCCUUGUAUGAACCGUGGAACAAGAUCAACUCAACGUCAUAUAACCCAAUUAGUCCUCAAUGGUUGAUUCAACUAGCAGACGAUUGGAACUCUGAACAUAGUGUACGCAAGGAUGAUUCAAGGAAAUUGAAAAAACGUUUGUCUGAAGAUGUCUGCGAUGAAUCAAAAUACCGCGAAAUUCUCAAUAAAUACAAAGAGAAUGAUGUAUUUGUUCUACCAAAUGGCGAAGAAAUAGUUAGAGUUCGUAAUGAUUCCAGCUCUGAAUCAGAAAUCGAUAUUAUGGAUGGUGAAACUAAUAAUAAUAUUGACGAUUGGCAUUCGGUUGUAUCACAUGAUUUCACUAGAGAUAUUGAGCACAUACCACCGCCCACACAAGAAAGACAUCUAGAUAGUAACAUUAUAACUGCAGAUGAAAGAUUUUAUCAUCCUAACUUGUUUGGAAAAAAAGAUGAUAAAAAAUAUUUAAAAGUAAGGAAUACUAUUUUAGAAUUAUGGAAAACAAAUAAGCCAUGUUAUGUAUCAAAAUCAUAUGCUAAACAAAAAAUGAAAAAGUGUGGUACAGCAAAAGAAAUUGGCCAGGUUCAUUCUUAUCUUGAACAUAGAGGAUACAUUAAUUUUGGAUGUGAUGAAUGUAAAUAUCAUAAAAAUAUAAAAAAAGAAUUAGUUAAAGCUAGAAUAUUGAAAACUCAAUAUAAUUUAAAGCCACCUUUACUUCAUGGAAAAAAUAAGUCUUUUAAAAAAAUAAAAGCAAUGGGUGGUUACACAAUAUGUCACGAUAAAACUUCAUCACAGUGGGAGCAUAGCUAUUCAGUUCCCAAAAAAAACAAACGUUAAUUAAAACAUUGAUAUUAUAGAAAAGCAUUUUGGCUGUGAAUGGGUUACAUUUUGGUAAUUAUUCAAUAAUUAUUAAUGUAUUAGUUUUAUUUUUUAAAUAUUGUCUUUUUAAGAACUAACUAAGGCAAUCAAAUGCAAUUAUAAUUUUCAUUAUUUAUUAAUACACACUUAACAUAUCUAAACUGUGUAUGUAAAUUGAAUAAAUAUCAAUAAUAGUGACCCAUAUUCUAAACUUAUAUUGUAAAUAGCUUAUAAGUUAUAACUCAUUUAACCUGAUUGCUAUAAUCAUUGACUAUUUUUUAUUAUUAUUGAACCAUUUUUAAAC